CGUUCGGCGCUUCGUUUUAUUCAACGCAGGCGUUGCCCCCUUUUGAAUGUCUGUUUAUUUCGUUUCCCUUUUGCCGUCGCGCAAACGACUCUCCUACACGUCGCAGAGGGCCCAGUCAAAAGUGGCGCAUCAACGAACGACGAUGCGCACCGAGGAGUAGUAGAUCGAAAAAAACGGGAGAGAAAGAGAAAGAGAGAGCAGUGUGAAAGAUUUAACGGGGGUGGUCCACACCCCCCCUCCCCCGCAGCGAUUCCAAGUGCGAAAGUUGAAGACAGAAGCAUUGAAAUUGUCAGUGUGAAUGAACGUACACAAUCACUGAGAGGAUAACAUUAGUGAAGCAUCUACGAAGCAGUAAUCAUGGAGGACGGCCAUUGUAAAACUGUGGAAGAAGUAAUAAAUUAUUUUAACGUCGAUCCUGACCACGGACUGUCUCCCGAUCAAGUCAAAAGAAAUCAGGAGAAGUAUGGUCUCAACGAAUUGCCAGCUGAGGAGGGAAAAUCCAUCUGGCAACUCGUUCUGGAACAGUUCGAUGACCUUCUAGUUAAGAUUCUUCUAUUAGCUGCUAUUAUUUCUUUUGUAUUAGCCCUAUUUGAAGAGCACGAGGAUGCGUUCACGGCCUUCGUCGAACCCUUCGUUAUCCUGCUCAUCCUCAUUGCCAAUGCUGUGGUCGGUGUCUGGCAAGAACGAAAUGCCGAAUCUGCGAUUGAGGCGCUCAAGGAAUAUGAACCCGAAAUGGGUAAAGUUGUACGAGGAGAUAAAUCUGGCGUUCAGAGGAUUCGGGCUAAGGAAAUCGUGCCCGGUGACAUCGUAGAGGUGUCUGUUGGCGAUAAAAUCCCGGCCGAUAUUCGUUUGUCUAAAAUUUUCUCGACUACGCUUAGGAUUGACCAGUCCAUCCUGACUGGAGAAUCGGUGUCUGUAAUCAAGCACACCGACCCUAUACCCGACCCACGCGCCGUCAAUCAGGUAAAAAAAAAUAUCCUGUUCUCUGGUACCAAUGUCGCCGCUGGAAAGGCUCGUGGUAUUGUUAUUGGAACUGGCUUGAAUACAGCUAUCGGCAAAAUCCGUACAGAAAUGUCGGAAACCGAGGAAAUCAAGACACCAUUGCAGCAGAAGUUGGAUGAAUUUGGUGAACAACUGUCGAAAGUUAUUUCUGUGAUUUGCGUUGCCGUGUGGGCUAUUAACAUUGGCCAUUUUAACGAUCCGGCUCAUGGUGGUUCCUGGAUUAAAGGUGCCAUUUACUACUUCAAGAUUGCCGUCGCUCUCGCCGUAGCUGCUAUUCCCGAAGGCUUGCCCGCUGUAAUUACAACUUGCUUGGCUCUGGGUACUAGGCGUAUGGCUAAAAAGAAUGCCAUUGUACGAUCUUUACCAUCUGUAGAGACUCUGGGUUGCACGUCCGUCAUUUGCUCCGACAAAACUGGCACUCUGACGACUAAUCAGAUGUCUGUUAGCCGAAUGUUUAUCUUUGACAAAAUUGAGGGUAACGACAGCUCUUUCCACGAAUUUGAGAUCACUGGAUCGACUUAUGAACCUAUUGGUGAAAUCUUUUUGAGGGGGCAAAAGAUUAAGGGGCAGGAUUAUGAAACACUACAGGAGAUUAGUACAAUCUGUAUCAUGUGCAACGAUUCUGCUAUUGACUUCAAUGAGUUCAAACAGGCGUUCGAAAAGGUCGGCGAGGCCACGGAGACAGCUCUGAUCGUUCUCGCGGAAAUCAAUCCGUUCGGAGUUUCGAAAAGCGGUCUGGAUCGCCGAGCUGGCGCUAUUGUUGUCAGGCAAGAUAUGGAAACAAAAUGGAAAAAAGAAUUCACGCUGGAGUUUUCUCGUGAUCGCAAAUCUAUGUCGUCGUACUGCGUGCCUCUAAAGUCAUCAAAGUUGGGAUCUGGACCAAAGCUGUUCGUUAAAGGUGCGCCGGAAGGAGUAUUAGAUAGGUGCACGCAUUGUCGCGUCGGUGGACAGAAAGUUCCUCUUACCUCAACCUUGAAGAAUCGUAUUUUGGAUCUGACUCGUCAAUACGGAACUGGUAGAGAUACUCUGCGCUGCCUCGCUCUCGCCACCGCCGAUCAUCCGAUGAAGCCCGAGGAUAUGGAUCUGGGCGACUCCACUAAAUUUUACACAUACGAGAAAGAUCUUACGUUCGUAGGUGUAGUAGGCAUGCUCGACCCGCCUCGUAAAGAGGUAUAUGACUCAAUUGCUAGGUGCCGCGCCGCCGGUAUUCGCGUAAUCGUCAUCACUGGUGACAACAAAGCCACUGCCGAAGCUAUUUGCCGACGUAUCGGAGUUUUCGGUGAGGAUGAAGAUACGACCGGAAAAUCAUACUCUGGACGUGAAUUUGAUGACUUGCCGACAUCGGAACAGAAAGCAGCUUGCGCUAGAGCUCGCCUCUUCUCCCGCGUAGAACCAGCUCAUAAGUCUAAAAUCGUGGAGUACUUACAAAGCAUGAAUGAAAUUUCUGCUAUGACUGGCGACGGUGUAAACGAUGCCCCUGCCUUGAAAAAGGCUGAGAUUGGUAUUGCUAUGGGUUCUGGCACUGCGGUUGCUAAAUCAGCUUCGGAGAUGGUGUUGGCAGAUGAUAAUUUCUCUUCCAUCGUAGCUGCUGUAGAAGAAGGCCGUGCUAUCUACAAUAACAUGAAACAAUUUAUCCGUUAUCUCAUUUCUUCCAACAUCGGCGAAGUCGUUAGUAUAUUCUUGACUGCCGCCCUCGGUCUUCCCGAAGCACUGAUUCCAGUUCAACUUCUGUGGGUCAAUUUGGUUACUGAUGGUCUUCCAGCCACUGCUCUCGGUUUCAAUCCUCCCGAUUUGGACAUUAUGAACAAGCCUCCUCGUAAAGCUGAUGAAUCUUUGAUUUCUGGAUGGCUAUUUUUCCGCUAUUUGGCUAUUGGUGGAUACGUAGGCGCUGCCACUGUGGGUUCAGCUGCUUGGUGGUUCAUGUACAGUCCGAAUGGUCCUCAAAUGAAUUAUUAUCAAGUGACUCAUCACUUGGCAUGUAUCGGUGGUGGAAGCGAAUUCAAGGGCAUCAACUGCAAGAUCUUUUCCGAUCCUCAUCCCAUGACUAUGGCUCUCUCUGUAUUGGUUACUAUUGAAAUGUUAAAUGCCAUGAACAGCUUGUCGGAGAAUCAGUCACUCAUUACGAUGCCACCUUGGUCCAACAUGUGGCUUAUCGCCUCCAUGGCUCUUUCCUUCACACUCCAUUUCGUCAUCCUGUACAUCGAUGUUCUUUCAUCCGUAUUCCAAGUGACUCCGCUAACGGUGGAAGAAUGGAUUACCGUUAUGAAGUUCUCCAUUCCAGUGGUACUUCUCGACGAAACCUUGAAGUUCGUUGCCAGAAAGAUCACAGACGUAAAUGAGGUGGUCGUCGACAAGUGGGCCCAGUAAAUGAGUGGGUCGUCGAUAGGCAUGAUCCCACUCCGUCGCUGCUGCCAUCGAGCGCGCGAAGCAAGCUCAACUCGAAAAUUAAAAAAAAAAUGAAACCAAA